AGUUGUACUACAACGAAUCUCAAUGUUUUAACUGCUCUCUGAUUCCAUUGCUGGGACUUGGGAUUUUCAACACACCUCUCUCUAUUCGGUGCCGUUUCUAUUUCCGUGUUUUUUGUUUCCCAACAAUUUUCUUACUAACCAAACAUCAUCAACUUUCUCGUUGAAGCUACCUCUGAUUUGAGCUUUUGAACAAGAAGAGUAAAGAUGUUCGGAUUCUCUCGUAAACACAAGAAACUUGGCAGAGUGAAGAAAGUUCAGCUUUCUGACACUACUCAAGGAACUAGAAGUCCUCUUAGGCACCCUAAACGAAAUGCAAACUCCAAUGAUGAUGGAGUUGAAGGGUCAAGUGGUCAUUCUGAGGAAAUUGAUUGCCAAUUCACUUCUACUGGACCUGAGAUAAGUAACUGUGCAUCAGGUAGUUCAGAGAAUUGGAUGGUCUUGUCAAUUGCCGGGGAUAAGCCUACUCCUAGAUCCUAUCAUGCAGCUUGUGUCAUUGAGAAUAAGAUGAUAGUGGUUGGUGGUGAAUCUGGAAAUGGAUUGUUAGACGAUGUGCAGGUUCUAAAUUUUGACACAUUUUCAUGGACCACGGUGUCAUCUAAGCUAUACCUGUCACCAAGUAGUCUUCCGUUACAGAUUCCAGCCUGCAAGGGUCAUAGUUUGGUUUCUUGGGGGCAAAAGGCACUCCUCAUUGGAGGGAAAACAGACUCAGGAAUCGACAAAAUAUCUGUAUGGGCGUUUGACACAGAGACCGAGUGCUGGUCACUCAUUGAAGCAAAGGGAGACAUACCGAUUGCUCGCAGCGGCCAUACAACUGUUAGGGCAAACUCUACUUUAAUAUUGUUUGGGGGAGAAGAUUGCAAAAGGAGGAAACUGAAUGAUCUACAUAUGUUUGAUCUCAAGUCCUUAACAUGGCUUCCACUUCACUGCACGGGAACAGCACCUUCUCCAAGAUUCAACCACGUGGCAUCUCUUUAUGAUGGUAAAAUUCUUUUUAUAUUUGGAGGAGCUGCAAAAUCUAAGACCUUGAACGAUUUGUAUUCACUCGACUUUGAAACGAUGGCAUGGUCAAGAAUAAAGGUGCGUGGUUUCCAUCCAUCACCAAGAGCUGGUUGCUGUGGUGUUUUAUGUGGCACUAAGUGGUAUAUUACAGGUGGUGGAAGCAGGAAAAAACGACAUGGAGAGACUUUGAUAUAUGAUAUUCUAAAAAAUGAAUGGUCCGUAGAAAUUGCACCGCCUCCUUCUUCUAUCACUACCAACAAGGGUUUUAGCCUGGUCCUUGUGCAGCACAAGGAAAAGGAAUUUCUUGUUGCAUUUGGGGGAUCCAAAAAAGAGGCAUCAAAUCAGGUGGAAGUGUUGAAAACAGAAAAAAAUGAAUCCGCUUCCAGAAGACAACCGACUAGUACUAAAGGUCCAGGAUCUAUACUUGAAAAACAUUCAUCUUCCACUCAACUUAGAAAUGACUCUUCCCAACGUUUUAUCGACCCUGUUGCUAUACAAAAUCUAGCAUCUGCAAUUAAACGUGGUUCUGAAAGGAAAUCUCUGUCAGAAUCUCUAUUCGUACACAGUCAAUUUGAUCAUGAUGAAGAAUUCAAUGAAGACGAUAGGAUUGACAGGCAUUUGGAAGAUGAAAGCUCUUUCCCUCAGGCAGCAGAUCAAAGAACAAAUCAAAAUGACCCUGGGCAUCAGAUGCACACAAGAGGAGCCAAAAUCAAUAUGGAGGAACAGGUUUUGGCAUCUGGGGAUUCUUUUCGAAAAAAUCUAGGUUUUGGAAACCCCGUGGUGGAAAGUGAUCACGGAUCAUUGCCUGAAAACAUUAAUUCAGGAUCACUGUCUACUGCUUCAAAUAUAUAUAAUUACUAUGAAACUAAAGUUUCCUCCCUGAUAACAAAAUUUGGCAUUCUGGAAGCACAAUUGGCAGCUUCAUUAGCAAGCAAAGAAGCUGCCGAGAAAAAUCUAGCAUCUGCUUUUAAAAGCAAGCAAGAGAUGGAUAAAACAAUGGCUGACACACUACAGGAAAUUGAAUUACUGAGAGAGAAGCUGGUUGGUGCAGAGUUAGCUCAAGAAGAGGCCAACAAUCUAUCUAACAUUGUCCACUCCGACAAUGUAAGGCUUGAACAUGACGUGGCUUUUCUCAAGGCUGUUUUAGAUGAUACACAAAAGGAAUUGCACUCUACAAGAGGAGUUCUCGCAGGAGAAAGAGCCAGGGCAUUCCAAUUACAGGUUGAAGUUUUUCAUCUCAAACAGAGACUGCAAUCAAUGGAAAAUCGAGCACCUACUCCCAGAAAACCUUUUCAUGUGCAAUGAGGUGUUCUUCUCGAUGGUCGAGUAUAACAAUCAAUUUCAGCAAACCAAAAAUGAUGACACAGAGCUCAUAUUACUAUGAGGACAUAUAUGGGAAGUGCAUUUUGAUGGUGGCGCUGAAGACUUGGACAACUUCCAAAGAUGCAGUGUUAAUGCAUUACUGGAGAACUGCCAAUUGGUCAGAUCAAAUGUGACAAAAAUGAAUCCAUACAGAAAUGACAUUUUAGAACAUUUCAGAUUCAUUGAAACGGCUAAAUAUUAGUUAUAGUCCAGUCAUUAACUGUAAUUGUAAUUGUAAUUGAAUUAUGAUAUAUAUUUAACAAUAUUUUUAACAUAUUUUGCAAUAGUAGUCAAUUUUGAGAAUGAGUCAGCA